CCCCCCACACACCACCACUUUCAUUCACUGUGUAUUUUAUAUUUCUCCAGGGUUUUUUCUCGCCGGCACCCUUCCCACUUCAUCCCUCCACGUACAUAAGCGUUUAACUCCCUCUUCAUCUGCCCCUUCUCCCCCCCCUCCCUCACCACCGCCUCCCUCCUUGGCUCGCUCCAUCUCUGUGCUCUGCAGUAAAACUGGUGCAUUGAGGCAGCAGGAAAUGGGGACUAGAGACAAUAGAAUGGAGGGAAGUACAGAGGGGAGUGUGUGAUGCUCUCCUCUCAAACCCAAGCAGGUUGAGAAAACAUGAGCAGGAUACUUUCAAAAUCUUUUUCAUCUCCUGUGGCACAUGCACAUAAAAAUUCAUAUUCAGGGCUGGCAUUUUUGCAAAAUGAAACCUUGGAAUUUCCACAUUUGUAGUCACCAUGAGACCGGGAUUUGAAUAAAAACAGUUUUGUAGGGAUGCAUUUGCUGAGUUUUAAAGCUCUUGCUGAAAAAUGUGCACAUCUGUUUUGAGGCUUUUGUGCGUUAGCUUGCUGCUCAGCCCCUCUCUGAGCUGCUAUCAGUGCUUUGUUGACGUGCAAGACAGUCUUCGCCUGUGCUGGGGUCACGUUUUGACUGAACACAAUGUUAGAAAUGUUGACGGCUGCUUCAGGAAGCUGGAUCGCAUAUUCAACAACAACGAGACGGUGAUUGAGGCUGGGAGAGUGGGUCAAGGCUAUGAUACCCAGCUGAAGGCAAUUCUGGAUGCAGAGAUCAUGCCUUUAGUGGAGGAGUUUGACAAUAAGCUGAAUCCCGACACCGUGUACGAGGAAAGGCUGCAGACAGCAGCAGACAAUUUCAUCGCUGCUGCCUCCAAACUGCCUAGAGUGACUGGAUGUUUUCCUCCAUGUGGUUUUCAGAGUGCAGGCGCAGUUUACAACUGCAUCACCUGCAAAUACGACUCCUGUGAAUUCCCUCUCGACUGUCCAGUUGAAGAAAUUAAAGUAAUGGAGAACAGCAGGAGCCGAAUGCGGUGCGAUGUGCCAUUUGGCUUGCCAAAUGAUAUUGAAGUGAUCUGGAGGUUCGCAGAGGAGGUGAAAACUCAGCAAUUGGAUCAGUUUAAAGAAGUGACUGUGGGGGUGGACAGGCUCUAUUCCAUCCCUUCAACCCGCCUGCACCAUCAGGGCACAUACCAGUGUGAGAUUUACUCGGGGCAAAACUCCAUUGUCAGGCUAUACUACUACAUCACAGUGACCCCCCAGGUUGUGGCAGGCCACACAGAGCUGCAGGAGAUAUUUGACCUCUCUCUGCUCCCAGGAGGGCAGUUACUCUCUUCGCCUGAUGGCCCUCCCAACCCCAUCCUCCAGUUGCCAUCGCUUCUCACCGCCUGUUUAACCACCUCACUGCUGCUGUUGUGCCUCUCCCUGGGGGCUCUGUACUGGUCGUCAAUACCGCAGCGAAGAGGUGAUGCCGAUGAAACAGAUGGAAGUGAAGAUGAAGAGAGCUCCUAUCUUGUAUGAUGCCAAUGCAGCAGCCACGAUGGAGGAAACAGCAAUCAGGAUCACACCAUGUUUUUAAGGAUGCAGGCGUACAACGAUUUGAACAGCCCGAUGAUCUGGAUGCAGCAAAGGACCCAGAGGAUGUCCCACAGCGUUCCCGUCCAGAAGAGCUGAAUGAUGGUGGCGGUGACGAAGAAGGGGAAGAUGCCGGAGACGAUGGACUCGUAGGUCAUCCACAGGUGGUGCUUGUGCCACCACAUUGCAUUGUAGAGCCACUCGCGGAAGUAGGAUUUGGUCCAGCGCGUCUGCUGGUUGAGCCAGCGAAGGAACUGAGCAGGUGUUUCCGUGUAGCAUCUGGAGCGAGCUGUGUACCUAAAGCAAAACAAAAACAACAAUUAAAUCUUUUGACAUUGCAACGUCGUUUGAGGUUUACUGCAUCCUGGGCGUGAUAACAUCAAUGAAUCGUGUAUGUGCGUACUUUGUGGCGUAGCCCAUGCUCAGCAUACGGUUGGUGAGAUGCCUGUCGUCACCAAAUGUGCAGUGAGUUCCCAAAAACUUCUGAUUGUACCAAGACUCUAGAAACUGCUGAAGGACGUCGUUCCUGUAUAGACCUGCAUAGGGAAAUUCAAGAAAAUGCAAAGAAAUGUUAGUAAGAGUGCAUUUAAACCAUGACUACUGCUCAUUUUGACCUGUAUCACAAAAAAUUUGUGAAAUUCACUUACCCAGAGGACCACUUAUGCAGGACACACAGUUGAAGAAGGACUGGCAGGCCCUUUCGAUGUUGAAAGCCAUCCAGUACCUGAGGCUGCUCAUGAAGCUGAUGUAAGAGUCUUUGAGGUUGAGGAUCAUCACAUCUCCUCCCACGGCGCCAUACUUGGGGUUACUCUCCAACACCUUGCACAGCUCCAGUGUGGCUAAAGGAUCCAGCUUAGUGUCUGAGUCGCACACCUGAGGAAGGAGAAAAUGUGGAACACUUCAGUUUUCUUUUCCGUUACGUAAGAAGACACUUUAGGAAUAUGUACAGGGAGAAAUCUAAAGAAAAUACCUGUAUAUAGUCGACGGACGACCCAAGUGCUUUAA